CAGAUUUUAUAAAAUUCAAAUUAUACCAUAUAUUAAAUAAUAACAUUUUCUUUCAAUUUGUUUUAAAUCUUUACUGAAAUACGAACAUUUUCGAAAAUUUUCAGCAAAUGUGUCAUAACUAUAAUUGUAAUAAUUCUAUCUCAGAGUUGUGCAUCGAUCCUCUUGGUGUUGAAGAUGGGACUAUUCCUGAUGAACAGCUAUCCGCAUCAAGUGAACAUAAAUCUCAGGUUGGGGCACAUCGUGGACGACUGAACAUUGAAAGAGAUAGUUGGGGGAGAGGAGCAUGGCGUUCAAAAAUCAAUGACCAACACCAGUGGAUUCAAGUUGACCUCGGCAAACUGCAUAAGGUACAUGGAGUAAUCACACAAGGCCGCAACGAGAAAAGCUGGCCAAAUUGGGUGACGUCUUAUGAGAUUUUUUACAGUGUCGAUGGUAACCUGCUUCAACCAAUCAGGAAAUCAGAUUGUCAAGUAACUAGGUUUGUUGGAAAUUCAGAUCAAGACACUAACGUGACAAACAUAUUCCCUGACCCUGUCUACGCCCAAUUCGUCCGUAUUCAUCCAGUUGACUGGAAUCGCCAUAUAAGUUUACGAUUUGAGGUUCUUGGAUGCUCAGCAGGAACCACAAUGGAAAUAAGUCGGCCGUUUGGGUACUUUAUUGUGUUUUAA